CGGGAAGGAGGCAAGCACAGAGAGCAGGAGACGACCAAGCGUGCCACAAAGUCGGUAGGAGCAUCUCAGCCGUUGACAGAGAGCAGACAGAGAGCAGACAGAGAGCAGACAGUGAGAGAGGCAGAUGUCGGCGCGCAGGACAGAGAGCCGGCGCAGCGCGGCGGCGAGCGACGAGGCGCUGUGGUUCGGGACGCGGCGGGCGUCGAUGAAGAGCAACGUGCUUCUCAACAAGGAUGUGACCGGACAGGCGCGGAGCUCGACGCAUGCACUGCCGGCUGAGGACUUUCGGUACGGGCGCCCGCCCAAGGCCGACGAACGCGGCGUGGCCAAGGCCAUGACGUGGGAGGCUGACCCGCCGCCGGUGGGCGUCCAGGCUGCAUCACCGGCCAAGCAUCGAUCGCCCGGCCGCCGCGGGGCGCGGCCGGCGCCCAAGGGCACCACUGAGCCCAUCCCGGCAGCCAAGUUUGUGCCGCUUGCCUCGCGGCGGCCUGACCCGGUGCCCAAGGAGCGCGUGGCCCGGACCAAGGUCCGCAACGCCAUCCGCGCCGAGGACCGCCGCCAGGCCUCGUUCGGCAUGGCCGAUGUGCUGUCCAACUCCGGCCAGGCCGAAUACCUCGCCAAGCAUCAGCAGCGCGAGCGCGCCAAGGCCGAGCGCCGCCGCGCCGCCCAGGCCGCUGCCAAGCUGCCAGGCAAGUCGUUCCGCGCCGCUGCCGCCGCCGAGGCUUCCGCCCGCCAGGGCGCCACCAAGCGUGCCGCUGCAUCGGGCACUUCCCGCGAUCUGUUCAAGCUCUCCAAGUUCCGCAACGUGCCGGCACGGACCCACUCGCGCCGCUCUGCGCCUGCGCCUGCUUCGUCGAGCUGAGCUGAGCUGACAUCCGCCGUCCGAUCCAACUCGCGGAGCGUGUGCCCGAUCGAGAUGGGAAGAGGAGCAAGGAUUGAUAAGCUCGGAAUGAAAGGGUGGAGGGUGGAGAGGCAGACAAGCAAAUGAGUGCAGCGUG